AACAACACAGACCAAGAUGUUCAAAUUGGUGGUGUUGUCAGCUCUUUUCGCCGCGGCGGUGGCUUCGCCAGGCUUAAUUGCCAGCGUACCCUUCGCUUACACCUCUACACUUGUAUCGCCAGCGACUACAACCAUCUCGAGACAGGCCAGCAGUGUCAUCCAUCCGUCUCCUCUCGUUUCUUCAGCUUUUACCUACUCCGCGAUCCCAACGUACGCUCAUUAUAUCAAGAAGCGGUCCGCACCUUUGGCUCUGAGGACAUACAUAGCGCCAACAGCUUUUGUGGCUCGGGCUCCUUGGGCUUAUGCUGCAGCGCCCAUCACCACGACCUACCACUCGUACGCUACACCUUUGAUCCACGCGUCACCCAUCUAUAGUACAACGCAUUUAAUCAAGAAACGGUCCGCACCUUUGGCUUACUUUACCCCAACAACUUACGUGUCUCGUGCGCCUUAUGUGACCACAUACACUGCUGCUGCUCCGUUGGCGACAUCUUUCGGGUACCCUGCGUCAGUAAUUUCUCAUGCUCCCAUUGCCUAUACUCAGUUUAUUAAGAAGUAAUCCAGUCCAAACCCUUUCUCCCUUAGUUUCCCACCCAGUACAACAUUAAACGCUGCACCAAUUGUUUUUCUCAGUUCAAUUUAAAAUAUCCGUUUUUAAACAGUGUAAAUGUACAUACAUGAUUUGUAAAUAAAACAAAGAGAACUAAA